AUGGCGCGCACGGCCCCUGUGGAGCCACCGCUGCGGCAUCCCGCGCCCCCGUCGCCGGCUGCGGGAGAGCCCCGCGCCUUGGUUGAGGCGGCGGUGGCCCCGCGGAGGGUGCUGUUUGCUGACGAGGCCCUGGGGCUGCCUCUGGCGCAGCUACGCCGCUACCGGCCGUGGGGCGGGCCCGGGGCGGGCAAGAUGGCGGCAGCGACCGGGCAAGAUGGCGGCGGUGGCGGGGCUGAUGAGGACGACGAUGGCGAGGAUGGGGAUGAAGGGGAGGAGGAAGAGGAGGCUUGUCCUGAUCCCUCGCCGCUGUGCCCCGUUCCCGCUGGCGGGGGUUUUUACUUGGUGCCCACAUUUUCGUUGCCACCCGCGCCAGGCCGUCUGGAGCGGUUGGGGCGUGUGAUGGUGGAGCUGGAGGCGUUACUGCCGCCUCCAGGAGCGGUUCCCGGGGGUUCCGGGGUGUGGGUGCCUGGGGGGCGCCCACCGGUGGUUCGUGGGUUGGUGCGCGUGCUGAACCGCUCCUUCGAGAAGUCGGUGCACGUGCGGGCCUCACUCGACGGCUGGGCUACCUUCUGUGACCACCCGGCGCGUUAUGUCCCACGCAGCCCGCCUGGGGCAGGAGUGGGAGGAACAGGAGCAGGAGAUUCCCUCCUGGAUCUGGGUCUAGGCCUGGGCCCUGGCCAGAUGUCUGCCUCCUCACCCGACGACGGUGGCAGCACUGACCGCUUUGCCUUCCAGCUGCCCUUUGCUGAGGGCGCGGGCGAUGGGGCGCGCCUUGACUUCGUGGUGCGCUAUGAGACCCCCGAGGGCACUUUCUGGGCCAACAACCAUGGCCGCAACUAUACUGUCCUGCUCCGGAUCGCACCCGCUCCCACACCCACUGAUGUCGAAGGGCUGCCCCAGCAGCAGCAGCUGCAGCAGCUGGAGCCACAGCCUGAGUGCCAGGGUCCUGUGGAGGCUGAGGCCAGGCAGCUGAAGAGCUGCAUGAAGCCGGUGAGGCGCAGGUAAUGUCUGCCAGCGCCACCUCCGCCAAUGCAGGGCUGGAGGUAGAAUGGAGAACAAGCAUCCCAUCCCAGGAGCCCCCCAGGCCUGCUCUCUAGGACUGGCAGGAGGGUGCAUUCGGUCAGAGAGUAGUGGAGGCCAAACAUGUGCUAGGCACUGCUUUAAAUACUGGGGUAUCAUCCAUGUAUUGAGUUCCACUAUAAAGCCCUGAACAAGACAGACACCUUCCCUGUCCUCAGCCAUCAUGCAAGGCUCCUGUGGAAAACAGUAUGAAAAAGUAAACAAGCAGAUAAGAUAAAUAGGGCUAAGGUUAGUGCUGAGAGGAAAAA